AUGAAGGAACCGAACGAGUUGUGGCUGGAUCGCCAUUUCAAGCAACAGCUUGUGGAAUAUAGCAAGGUCUUCCAGCAGACGGCCUGCGCCUCGGAUCAGCUCAUCAUAGCCUAUUGGCUGAAGAUCUUUGGGUCGGCGUCCAAGCAACAGAAAUGGGCCAGAAAUGGCCUAAUGCUGCUCAUGUACGGCCACUUGAAGGAGAUCGGGCAUCUGCAGGUGCCAUUCACCGAUAUGCGCAACGUUGGCAAGGAUCUGAAUGAGGUGCUGGACAGCUAUACGGGACUGCCCGUUAAAGGCCAAGACAAGUCCACGCAAAUCCUGUCGCCGUUGUGCAGAAAGCACGAAGGUGAGAGGGUAUCCAAUCCAACCAAGGAUUGCGCCUUGGUUCAACAGUUGAAGGAACGCAAAGAGAAUCCUGCCUCCGACUUGACAACGACUGGACGUCAUCCUAGCCCCAGACCAGCUAAUAAAUUGUUUCGCACACUUUUCAAGAGCCAAACAUCUAAAUGCAAGGAUCACAAUUGUGACGAACCCAAACAACUUCAGAUCCUUUAUGACACAUUCGAUUCCCAUGAGUGCUACAAAGGCGAGAUACGUAAUCCAACAUCUUGUGAUCGUAAGCUGACCAAGGUCGAGAGUAAAAUAAUGCACGAACUGAACGCAAUUCUUGAACCCGUAAACGACUUGAAAUCCUUGCCAGAAUCAAGGAGGACUACCAGACCUUCAGAGUCGGAUGAGCCCUGCUGUUCCAAGCACACCUUCAAAUCGCGCUCCAAUCAAAAGGAGCCCAAAGAAUUAGAUGCUUCGCUUACAGAGGACUAUCCCAGCUAUUGUGUUUCCUAUUUGAGUGCGCGUUUGGAGGAAUACACGAGCCUAGUCUCCGAGCAGGAAGAUAUAAAUAACAAAGGUGAUAAUAAACAGGCUGUGCUGGUCACCUCGUUGCGCUCGGCGAGUGUUGCGGACAAAGGUUGUCAGGAGUCGCCCAGAGAGGUGGCGAGACGUGAGGCCCUGGAUGCGGAGAUGAUGUACUUGCAGCGCCGCAAUCGACAGCUGCGUCGCGAAUGUCUCAUAUAUUACAAGAAAAACGGAGAUUUGCGACGGUAUCCCAAAUAUCCCAAGGUUAAGGUGCGGAGUUUGGGGUUUCUAGUGGGCGCAUAUCGGGCGCAUUGUCAUUUCACGCGCUGGCCGAAAAGUCGGAACUACUUUCAGCAGGAGUUCGAUCGGGUGCAUGGCUGGCGGACUUAUAGACGCAUCCUGCUGGAUAGCUCUGUGCCGAGCAGGCGCUGCCCCAAGCAGGUGGAGCUGCACUCCGAGAGGAUCUAUGCACGGAGAUGA